AAACAAAAGAAAACAAAAGCAGAAACAAAAACAAAAACUAAAACAAAAACGAAAACAAAACACACAAAGAAGAAUGCUCCGGUGUCUACCCGCAAUUUUCUUUUCUUUGUUGUAAUUUUUCAAAAAACAAAAAAAAGAAACAUUAUUAUAAAAUAUUCUUUUAAAAACUACGCUAUCUCUCCAUACAUUUCUUCUUCUUCUUCUUCUUCUUCUACUUCUUCUACUUCUUCUACUUUUUAUUUAACCCGAAUACACUUUUCCAUCCCCACCACUAUAUACACAUAUAUCAUACUCGCGCUUUCGUUUCUCGUCUCUAUGCAUCCUUUCACUGGCAACACCCUUCGCACUUGGUCCAUGUCGCAACGCUUACAGGACAACCUAGACGAACUAAUGAAAGGUGUAACGGAUAUGAGAUCUUGUCGUAAGAAUGAGGACGAUCGAUGGAACGAAAAUUUGUCGAAGAACGAUACUAAGAGAAAUCUUAACGACAAGAGAACGAAGGACGAUAGGGACGAGACCAUUAUUACCUGGAAAAAGGAUUUGGUUGAAAAAAAUAAAAGGAUAAUGGAACUCGAAGAGGAGAUGUCUAAGAUGAAGGAUCUUCUUGAUAAUAAAAAACAAGUGGAAAAGUUUGAAUAUAUGAAGGAUAAAAACGAUGACGAGUCCUGGAAGAAGGAAGUCGAAGCUAAAAAUCGUAGAAUAGUGGAGCUUGAACAAGUUAUGGCGUCCUUGGAGAACUUUUUAAAGGAACACACAGAUACGGAGGGUAUCAGGGAACUCGAGGCGAUAGUCGAAAGGAAAAAUAUGAGGAUCGAUGAACUCGAGGAUACCGUAGCGGAGUUUGAAGAUUUUCUCAAAGAAAAUCCUGACGUUAAAGAGUUACACGAUUUGCGACAUCAAGUAAACGUAUCCGAACGUAGAAUACAUGAGUUAGAGGAUUGGAUACGUAGAAACGACGGUACUAAUGCCGUCGAUGGAAUAGAUCGUGCUAGGAUCAUGGAACUCGAGGAAAUGGUCACCCAUUUGGAGGAUUAUGUUAGAAAACAUAACGUUGACAUACUCAAACAGAAACUUCAAGAUCGGGAAUCUAGGAUUGAACAACUUCAAGGUCGCGUCGAUACUUUGGAAAAGGAACUGAUCAAAUUCAAAAAGGACUUUGAAGGUCAGAAAACAUCCACGGAGAGUAGAAAAAAUCAUAUGAAAGAUUCAACGAAUGAUCCAAUAAUUAUCAGUAACGAUGCUAGAACGAAGGAACUAGAACUAUUGAUAUCAGAAAAAAAUGCAAAAAUCGAUGAGCUGGAGAAACGAAUCGUCGAAUCGAAAGAUCAAAUGAAUGAUAUGCAAAAGGAUAUUGCCAGAUUAGAAAAAGAAUUAAGCGAGUACGAGGCCGAGGAUAUUGGAGUUUUAAAGGAAGAGAUAAGAGUGAGGGACGAGAGGAUUUUGCAAUUGGAGGACGAAAUCGAUUCCCUUGAAAGAGCCUUCAACGAGAGUGUCGAUCUCGAACAGAUCGAAGAACUCAUGAACGUUAUUAGCAGAAAGCAGGAUAAAGAACGUCAGUUUGAAAAAGAUAUUGAAAGUAAAAAGAACAGAAUCGAGGAACUUAGCGAGGCGCUUCGUGAAAGUGUCGUCAUUGCCACCGACGGUGAGAGAAGAUUUCAACGUGAGGAAAAGUUGAAGAAAAAUGCCCUUGAAAGAGUCGCAAAACUCGAGCAAAGAAUAGUUUCUAUACAAACGACUUCGGCUUUGAAAUGUCCUACGUGCAAACCAUUGCUUUCUAAACUUCAAACUUCCGAAAAAAUGCUUCAACGUCUGACUGAAGAGAGAAGCAUUCAGUUGGAAGAUCUUCAUCAAAUGAAACAAGAAGCUCUGAAAGCAGCAGUUUCCGAAAAGGACGCACACUUAGCAUUGCUCGAACUUUCGGGCAUAAAGACAGCUCAACAAGCCGAUCAGGCUGAUAAAUUAAAGGCUGAGAGAAAAAAAUUAAUUGACAGGCUUAAAAGAGAAGAUGAAAGAAGCAUAGAAAUGUCUUUGGAAACGAGCCCAUUGGAUUCGGAUACGACUAUACAAGUGCUCGCUGAGAUACUCGAAACAACUGAGGACGAGGAGAAGGAAGAAGCAGACGAGAACGAAGAUUGUGUCGACAAGGCGAGCUCUCGUAAAUCAGAGAUCACCACUACCAACGGUGACAGCUGCGACCACGCAACAAUGGAUUCGAGAGACCGAGAGUGCAAGUAGCAGUUAAUAAUCAAACAGCAUCAACAAACAAACACAUCACAACAGGAUUAUACCAGAUAAGUACACGGAGAGACACUUCUACGGUAUAUUUCAGUGUAGAGAGAAAAAAAACCAUUAAGAUUGGUCCUUUCGUUUCUUCGAUGUUGUCAUGUGCACCCACACGCAAUUGUAGAGGCAGUCUAGAAAGUAUAUCUAGAAUUGUAGAGAGUGUGUGAGAGAGAGAGAGAGACAGAGGAAAAGAGAGAGUGAGAAAGAGAGAGUGAGAGAGAGUGAAAGAUAAACAAUAUGCCAAACGAAAUGAAAGAAAAUAGUCCAGAGACACAAAUUAAUAUUAAUAACAACAACAACAACAACAACAACUACUACUACUACUAUUACUACUUCUACUACUACUACAACAGAUCAACAACAGACAACAACUCCUAAUCUACUCUCGUCGUAGUCAUCAUAUUCAUCUUUCGUCAUGAUCAUCGUCAUCAUCGUCAUCAUCGUCAUCAUCGCCUUAUUUCGAGCAUCAUCUACUUACAUCUCCUCAUCGAAUCGUCCAUUUUUUCUUUUCUUUUUCUUCGCGCGCGCGCGUGUGAGAACGUUCUCCAGCAAAAAUUCUUUCCCUCUCGCAAGAAGGAUUAAUUAAUUCGUCAAUAUACAGAAUCCUUCGAAAUUAAUCGCACGUAUAUUUUUGUUGGAGAGUACGUUUCGUAAACGAUUUUUAAUAUUGUCCUUUCGGUAGGACAUUCGUGGCGUUCGUCCGAUUACAAAUUAUUAUAAUGGCGGCCUAUCGUCGAACAUUGUGCGUUGUCAUUCUCGUGUAAAACAGGCCAGUCGAAUUUUUUUUCUUUCUUCUGUUUUAAAGAAAUUCAUUUACCUUUUUUUUAUUUAUUUAUUUUUUUUUUCUUUUAUAAGAAUCUUGGGAAAGUUUGGGAGAAAUGUUUCUGCAACACGUGUAAUAAAAUGAUAUAGUAACAAAGAGAAAAAGAGAGAGAGAGAGAGAGAAUAAACGAAAAGAUAUUUUACAUUUUUUCGCGAUAUGAAAAAUUCAUUAUUAUAAUUAACAUCAUGAGAAGAAAAAAGAAAAGAUACAAAUAAGUGUCUAUCUUUUUCAUCGUCUCUCUCUUUUUCUCUUCUUAAGAAUCGAUAAAGCUCGAAAUACAAUAAAAACGAGGAACCGACUGAAUGAUCAAAAUUUAAUCAGGUUACUGAAAGGUGGGGAAUAAUGGCUGAUAAGAAUAACUUAAAAAGAUAUAUCUGCUCUUUGUUUUUCAUUUUCUCCAUUUGUUAUCCACGGUUGUCAUUUUAUUUUCUUUUUUUUAUUUAUUUUUUUUCUCUUCUGAAUUUCUUGUCACGGGUCCAAAAAGAUCUUCGUUGUAUAACGACUAGGUAUUAUAACGAUAAUUAAAAAUAAAGGAGUCCGAGAGUGGGGAGAGUGAGAAAAAAGAAAAAAAGAGCAUAGAAAAAAUAAAACGGAAUCGAUAAGAGAGAGAGAGAGAGAGAGAGAGAGAGGGAGAAAGUUAUACAAAAUAACAAAAUUUUCUCGUGGUUAUUUAUCAUAAGCAAUAUUCUAAAGCAAAAUUUAAUAAACACUGAGAGAGGUAAAAAGAUAAAAUUCAUUAGGUACGACGAUUGAAUUAUUGAUUUAUUUUUUUGUUUUAAAGAUGACAAUAAUAACCAAUGUUCAUGUGUAUUCUGUCAAUAUGCGAGGCACCUCCAUGAUCGUGGAUCGAUUAGAAUACGAAAAAAACGAAAAGAAAAAUAAUAAUAAUAAAAAUAAUAAAAACAAUAAUAAUAAUAAUAAUAAUAAUAAUAAUAAUAAUAAUAAUAAUAAUAAUAAUAAUAAUAAUAAGAGCAAAGUGCUAAAAAAGAAAUAAAAAGUGUAUUAAUUUUUUUAACACCAUAAGAACAUUUCUCUAUAUGAGAUUAUCUCAAAUGAUACUCUAAGGAAAUGAAUUUUUCAACAAAACAAAAAAUCAAAAAGAUGAAAAAAAGAAAAAAGAUAUUUCUCCAUCGAAGUUAAGCAAUUUUCUUGCUUUAUAAUUCAAUAAUUUUAAAUAUCAUUCUUUGUUAUAUCUCUAUAAAAAAAAAGAAAAAAAAAUUCUCUAAUCGAUCCGAAUACACAUAUAAUCAUUAACAACGUGUAAGAAUCGAAUGAACGUCAAAUCGAAUCUCGUACUUUCGCUGAGAAUUCACGAAAUUUUGGUAAUGAGAUAGAUAAAAAGUGUAAUGCAGAAAACAAAAAAAAAAAAAAAGAAAAAACGGAACAGAAUAAAAUAAUUAAAUAAAAAAAUAAAAAAGAUCAUCAUCCUCGAUCGUGGAGAACAAAACGUGAUACGAUGGUACGAUCAGUGAUAACGUGAAAAUAUGUAGGAUGUAAAAUGAGAAAAGAAAAGAUAAGAGAUAGGCGAGUUAGGGGAACGAUGAGGACGUAAUCCGAGGCACUAACAAUAAGAUAAAAGAAAGAUGACAGAAAAAAAAUGAAAGAAACGAUAUACAAAACUAAAAAAGUUCUUGUAAAUAAUAAGUCGACUCGCGAAGGAUCUCUCGGAACUCCCACUUAGAUAUGUAAUAUCCGUUCUAAAUCUGCGUAAUACCCAUUCCCACGCAAUAAAUUAUUAGUGUAUAGAUUCUAUAUCAUAGAUAAAUAUAUAUAUAUAUAUAUAUAUAUAUAUAUAUAAACAACAAAAAAGAAUAUAUAUAUAUACAUACACAUACACACGAGGUAUUUCCAAAGAUGCGCGAGAUUUUCGAUUCAUAUGUUCGAACUCGCAUAUUGCUCGUAUCCCAUUAUAAAAAUUCAUUUGUUUGAUAUAACAUUACGAUACUUAAGUCACCAAUUAAUUUAUCUAUACUCUCGUUCGUUUACCGAGAAUUCAAAUCGUUCAUACGAUUUGAAUUUCCGGCCCUUGGGCCCACGCGAAACUGUUUAUAUUCUUUCGAUUGUAAUGAACAUAAAGUGUUACGAAGAAUAUCUGAAUUGUCGGUAAAUGAAAAAUUAAUAGAUCGAUAUAAACGAGAACAACGAAAACGACGAGCGAAUAAAUAAAUUGUCACUGUCAGGCGAUCUUAUGCGAUCGAAUUAAAGAAAGAAAAAAAAAAAAAAAAAGAAAAGAAAAGAGUAAUAAAGAACAUAAAUAAAUACGUCGUCAUAGUCAUCGUCGUCGUCGUCAUCGUUGUUGUUGUCGUUGUAGAAAAACAAAAAGAAAAAAGGAAGAAACGAAGAAAGAAAGAACAAUGUGCGAGAAGAAGUGAAAUACAUUUUGACUCCGUAGAAAUAAAUAAGAUUCGGUGUAGUUGAUCGAAUUGCGAUAACAUAUUUAUCAUUAUUAUUAUUAUUAACAUUAUUAUUAUUAUUAUUAUUAUUAUUAUUAUUAUUAUUAUUAUUAUUAUUAUUAUUAUUAUUAUUAUUAUUAUUAUUAUCUUCAUUAUUAUAAUAAACGUAAACUCGUAUACAUGAAUACAUAGAUAUAUAAAGAAAACGAAGAAGAAGGAGAGAGAGAGAAAAAAUAAAAUACAAAGAGACAGUGAAUACUAUGAUCGUAUGUUUGAUCACAUAUCUCACUGAUUAAUUAAUGUAAAUUGUAUAAGCAUAUAAGCAUGUUAUGUCCGCCGUUAAUGAAGGAUUAAGUUUAACAAUAAACGAGAGAGAGAGAGAGAGACAGAGAGAGAGAGAGAAAGAGAGAAAAGAGGAAAGAAGAGAGAGAGAGAAAGAGAGAGAAAGAGAGAAAGAAAGAAAGAGAGAAACCGAAAUAAUGUUGAAAGUGUAAAAUUUUAUCGUUAAAUUAUCGUUAUAUAUUUAAGGGUAUUAUAAAACAAGGGAAAUAUGUAUAUGAAGCCAGGUAGCUCUUCAUAAAUCCGAUAUUCACUUGCGAUUCGCUCCCUUUAUUCUAUUUUUUUUCCUUUCUUUUUUGUUUUUCUUUCUUCUAAUCAUUUCACUUCUCUUCGACCCCUCCCAUCGUUUUUAUACUUUCCCUCUCUUCGAAGAUUCAUUCUCGUCCACCGACGUCUCUUUCCGAUAAAAAUAUCGGCCUUCUCGUCGUUGAUAAAUAAAUAUUAAUUAAAAUGUACUUAUAUAUAUAUAUAUAUAUAUAUAUAUAUAUAUAUGUAUAUAUAUAUACGAAAGAGACGACGUAAUAUUAAUUAUUUUGAGGAAAAAAAUGAAAAGACAAUUCUCCUUCGUUUGCACGGAGAAAACGAGUAACGAGCUUCGAUUAAAAAUUCGAUUUAAAUAUAUCGAUGCGUUUAGCAGUGUAACAUAUACCAUAAAUAUAUACAUAUAUAUAUAAGAUAUAUUAUUGUUCUACGAAUAUAUUAUGUAUAUCGCAUCGUUCGAUCGAGAUCGAAAGAGAUGCGCCCAAUUUUUCUCCAAAGUUAACUUUCGAAAUAGGUUUUCGUAUGUGCUUCGAAAACCAAUAAGUGCAACAAGAACGUGAGAGAGAGAGAGAGAGAGAGAGAGAGAGAGAAAGAGAGAAAGAGAGAUAGAGAGGCAUAGCGUGAAUGAGUGCGAGUGAGAAAAAGAGAAAAAUUAUCACAGUUAGGGUGCCACUGUCAUAUCAAGCGUAUAUCAUCGUGUUACGUUAUAUAUAUAUAUAUAUAUAUAUAUAUAUAUAUAUUAGACUUAUAUAUAUAUAUAUCUGAACAAAAAGAAAGAAAAAUAUGAAUUAUUAUUAUCAAUAUUAUUAUUAAUAUUAUUAAUAAUAUUAUUAUUAUUACUAUUAUUAUUAUUAUUAUUAUUAUUAUUAUUAUUAUCAUUAUAAUUAUUACCGUAAUGUAAUACAAUUGUUAAGAAGGAUCGAUUGUUGUUCAGUGUUCGCGCCAUACGAUCGGUCGUCUUCCUCACGGUCGUUCGUAAAUUCAACUUCCGAGCAAUGCAAAUAUUAUACAGAGAGAUAAACAAACACAUGUGUGUAUAGAAAUGCAUACAUACAUAUACAUACAUAUAAAUAUAUACGUACAUACAUAUUAACAUGGUGACUUUGCCUCGACAAAUCAAGACCGACGAUCACAACGACACGAUAAGAAAUAUUCGUUAAAUCACUUAUUGUUAGAUCAUUUUAGCAGUCACUUUUUCUCUCUCUCUCUCUCUCUCUCUCUCUCUCCCUUUCUCUCUCUCUCUCUCUCUCUCUCUCUCUCUCUCUCUCUCUUUCUCUCUGUCUCUUUAUGAUUAUAUCGACAUACAUAUUCAUAGAUACAUAUAUACAUACGUAGCAAUAUUUCGAAUUUUAUCUGCUUUUUCCAUUCCACGAAUUUUAACCGCAAUUACAUAUGUAAUCG